AUGAUGUCACCAAAAAAGCACUCACACUCAAUGAUAGCUGAUGAGUACCCCCAAGAGUCAUGGACUCAUAUCUAUACAGAUGGCUCAGCUACAGCAGCUAUAAAAGAUGGGGGAGCUGGCAUCUACAUCCAACAUACCAAUAGUAGAAGUGACACAAUUAGUGCCCUAGAACACCAUCAGCUGCCUGAACUAUCAGAAGUGCUAUCUCGCAUGUCACAAACCAGACAAAUAGCACUCCAGUGGAUCCCCGCACAUUGCGGCAUCCCUGGAAAUGAAAAGGCUGAUGAACUGGCAAAGCUAGGAGCGGAAGGUGAUCAGCCUAUGAACCACAUCAGCUACAAGGAGAAGACAACAACAAUCAAAGCAGCAAUGAGGUGGCAGUCAAACAAGGAUGACUACCACUACCUGGACAGGAGGGAGCAAGUAACUAUCUUUAGGCUCCGCACAGGUCAUAACAGGCUGAACAUAUGUACAAAAUUAAACUAG